GCGGGGCGGGCGCAGGGAAGGGGCGGAGCCGCCGUCGCGCCGGGGCCGGGGGAGCUGCUGUGCCGCGCCGCGCCGGGGGCGGCCAUGGGCAGCCGCCUGCGGCCCGCGGCGCUCUGGGGGGCGGCGCUGGCCGUGGCGGGCGGCGCCGCCGCCGUGGCGGUCUGGGCCUUCGUGCGGAGCCGGGUCCCCCCGCCCGCCGCCCGGCCCCCCCCCGCCGCCGCCGCCGCCGCUGCCGCGCAGGGCAGAGGGCGAAGCAGGCAGAUCCUGGUGCUGGGCCUGGACGGGGCGGGGAAGACCAGCGUUCUCCACUCCCUGGCCGCGAGCCGGGGGAAGCGCAGCGCGGCUCCCACCGAGGGCUUCCACGCCGUCUGCGUCAACACCGAAGAGUCCCAGAUGGAGUUCCUGGAGAUCGGGGGCAGUGAGCCUCUGCGUUCCUACUGGAGGAGGUACCUGCCCAGAGUGCUGCUGCUCGUCUACGUCGUGGAUGCGGCGGAUCAUGCCCGACUGCCUGUGGCAAAGCAGCUGCUUCACCAGCUGAUCCAGAGUGACUCCACCCUGCCGGUGGUGGUUCUGGCCAACAAGCAGGACCUCGAAGGUGCGUAUUGCAUCACAGAUAUCCAUGAUGCUCUGGCGCUGUCUGAUAUUGGGGACAAGAGGAAGAUGUUCUUGAUUGGUACCCAUGUGGCAGAGGAUGGCUCUGAGAUCUCCUCCAGCAUGAAGGAUGCAAAGGAGUUGAUAACACAGCUGGUUUUGGAAACACAGUGACAGCUCUUUUCCUACAACAUGACAUUUGCAGCUGUGGGAGAUGUGGUGUUAGUGCAUGGUCAGUUUGCCACAUGGUAACUGAAAUGUGCAGAUUUUUUUUUUUCUUCUCUGUAGGUGUGGAGUUCCUGUGAAAAUGAUGUGUAAUUGUUAAAGUCUAUUUUAAGUAGUGGUUUUAAAAUAUCUUUGAAAAGCGGUAUAUUUUUUAGAAUAUUUGUAGGGGAAAUUAGACUCUCAGACAGCAGAGUUGAGGAGAUACAUAGCUCAAACAAAAUGGCUAAAUGGCUUCUUGCCAGGUGGUUAUCAAGCAUUGACUUCAAUGAAACAAGGUUGCAUCCAGUUAAUUUAACUUGGCCUGGUGUCUUAGCCUGUAAUUGAAAUACACUUUUUAUUUUAAAGAAGAUUUUACAGAACGCUGGUAGCAGUGUUGUUCUGUUAAAAAUGAGAGCUAGCUUUCUGAAAGUGUCAGAAAUGUGAAGUGCUGUGACUAGUAUUUUUGACAAAUGAUUAUUGGUGUAGCUGUAUGGGAUCCCAUCUUUAAGGGAGUCUCAAAUUGGAAAUAUCUGGAAGUUGGGCUGGUUAGUGGGUCUGAAGUUUGAUACCCGAAAUCAUGAGCUGCAUCUGAAACUUUGGUUUACUGCUUAUUUAGUGGAUGAGAUCAAGGAAAUGAAAAUAAUAAGACAUUAAGUGUUUCCUUGCCUACAGGGGAAAAAACAAAACAGUGUAAUUUCAGGUAAAGACCUAAAGCAUUUAAGUUAAUUUGGCACCAAAAGUGGAGGGAUUCCUUCAUCAGUUUUAGCGGCCUAUUUUGGUUUAGUCCAGGCUGUGUUAGAGCAAAAUAACCGGGUGAAAAUCCCUCAGUUUUCAAAGUGAUUUCUGUUACCAUAGCAGAUGAGGAAGGUAAGUGGCCAGCGAGCAUUACUCUCCGUGUGUCAGUGCUGUCCUAAUUACACUCCAACAUGCUUCAGCAUCUAGGCAAUACUGUAAAGGGCACACGAGCGUUUUGUAACUGCAUUUAUUGUACAAGGGUUUUGUAGCUUUGUCUUUAGGGACAGAUAAAUAAAGCAGAAAUUUUAUGCUA